AUGAGGUCCUCAUUCGCGUCACGUCGCCCGAAAGCCAGGAAAAUUGAGGCUGAUGAGAAUGAGGAGGACGAAGACAAUUCUUUGGAGAAGCCUACAGAAGCUCCCCGUCCAAAAAUUACAAAAAAGAAAAAAGCAACCCUACGCCUCUCUUUCGGCGGUCCUGACGCCGAAGCUGCCUCCUCCGAUACCGCCGACUCAGAAACCCCAGCAUUCGUACCCAAAAAGUCUGCCCUGAGCCGGAAAGCUAUUGAGCGCAAUGCAGCGCGCAAAUCUGGGCUCGCAGCUGGCGUUGUAGGGAUAGAUCAGCUCAACGCCACAACGACAGAAAGGCCAAGCUACUCGAAAGAAUAUCUCGAAGAGCUAAAGAGCAGCACCCCCACAGCACCAAUACCUGGGCCGGAAGAAGAAUCGGAAAGUGGGGACUAUGAUAUGACCAUGGAUGACGAUGUGAUGGCAGUCGUGGAGAAGGGAAAUCAGAACCAGGCCGUUGUCACUAGAUACACCGAAGUCGUCCCCGCAGGGACAACAGGUAUCCUGGACGAAGGGCUUGUCCGAGUUCUCAAAGCCCGGCGGGCCGAGAAAUCGACACGAGCAAAGGCGGGUGACUUCAUCUCGCUCGACGGAGACUCGGACGAUAAUUCCAACGAGAUUCUCCUCAAGAGUAAGAAGAAAAAGUCGCGGCUAGUACCGCUUGACGAGGACGAAGAGAUGGAGAAGUACGUCGAAGACGAACGUAUUGUUCUCGGUGGCAAAUCUGCUCAGCGUAGGCAGGAGAGUAUCCGCCGUAAGGGUAUUCGUGAUGCAAUCGACGAGGCAGAAGGCGUAGUAUCCGAUGCCGACUCUGUUGUUUCCAAAGACAGUUUAGAGGAAGAGUGGGAACGUGAUCAGAUCAGAAAGGGAGCAUUUUCGUCAAAUGGCCCCGGAUCUGUAGCGUCUGACCUCGAGUUGCUAACACGACAACCACCUCAUGUAACCCCGUUACCUAGCUUAAAGGAUGCGAUGAAGAGGCUACAGGAUUCACUUGCGGCUAUGGAAUUUAGGAGGGGACAGACACUGAAGAUGGCAGAGAGUCUACAGGCCGAAAAGAAUGAAAUUGCCGAGAGAGAGAAUAUGGUCCAAGAACGACUGAGGAUUGCCGGGGAGCAAUAUGAGAAGAUGAGGGGCGAUCUCGGUAUGGGCGGAGGGGCUGAGGGAGUAGUUAGUAGAGGACUGGAGAGCUUCGGAAAUACGCCGAUAAGGGUUGAAGGAGGAAACGAAUGA